CGAAGGGUCCUCACAGGGUAAACAGAGGGCAGGUCUACGUAUGUCUCACCCUUCAGGACACACAGCGUCAGUCUCUGUGGCAGGAUUGGAAGAAAUGACAUGAGCUGCUGACAUCUGGGCCUCGGGUGAUAAGAACACGGCUGCAUCUAGAAGACAAAAUGAAGCCAGAGCAGUCUUUGGAGGAGAACGGUACUCGAAGAGUCACUUAUGCAGAAGAUGUUCACCAAUGGAGGACUGGGUCCGAGGUCUCAGGUCCAGAGCAUAUUGAUGAGGACCACAGUAAAAUCAAAUAUCCUUCAUUAUUUGGGAAAUACCACGAGAGCCUGCAGACCCUCAAGCCCUUCCGAUGGUCCUCAUCCGAAACUUCACCCCACCCUUUGGACAAUGCAGGCUUCCUGUCCUUCAUGACCUUUGCUUGGAUGACCCCUUUUAUGUGGUCCAUGUUCAGGAAUAAACUGGACAUGUCCUCUCAUACCCUGUCUCCUUUGGACGUGGCUGACACGAGUGGAGAAAGGCUUCAGAGAUUCUGGGCCAAAGAAGUGGAAAUGAAGGGCCUAGAGAAAGCCUCUUUGGUUCGUGUGGUCGUUCGCUUUCAAAGAACCAGGCUCAUUUUGUCCGUCUUAACUGGAGUCUUGGCCAUGGUGGCAGCGUUCCUGGGCCCGGCUGUUCUCCUUAACAUGAUCUUGGUUUAUGUUGAAAUGUCUGAGAUGUCAACGCUGUCCUACGGCAUUGGGCUGGCCUUCGCUCUGUUCACCUCAGAGUGCUGCAAAGCUGUGUUAAUUUCCUUGCUGUGGGCGUUAAACCUGCGCACAGCAGUCAGAUUGAAAGGUGCCAUCUGUUCCCUGGCCUUUGAGAAAGUCAUCUCCCUUCGGACACAAGGCAACAUUUCAAUGGGAGAGAUGAUUAAUGUUUUGACCAACGAUGGCCACAGAUUAUUUGAGGCAGUGCUGUUUGCAAGCUUCUUGUUUGCCAGCCCAGUGCUCUUAAUUUUGUGUAUUUUCUACUCCUGCUACAUUUUGGGCUACACCGCACUGACUGGAGUCUUCAUCUUCCUCAUCUUUCUGCCCACACAGUUUUUCUUGGCCAAGCUCAUUAACUUAUUCAGGUGGAAGGCCAUAGUGAUCAUGGACAGCCGUGUUCGCACAAUGCAUGAGAUUCUCAACAGCAUUAAGCUUAUCAAGAUGUACGCCUGGGAAGAUUCUUUUGAGAAGAAGGUUGCAGAUUUAAGAAAAAAUGAAAUGAAAAAACUCCGGCUGGUCAGCUACAUCCAGAGCUCUAAUGUCAGCUCUAGCAGCAUCCUCCCCACCAUCGCCAUUGUUUGCACCUUACUGAUACACACUUUCUUGGGCUUACCGCUAAACUCGUCUGAUGCCUUCAGCACUAUUGCUAACUUCAACUGUAUGAGGUUCUGCCUGGCUAUUCUGCCCCUGAGUGUGAAGGCUCUGGCUGAUGCUUCUGUGUCACUCAAGCGGUUAAGGAAAAUAUUGCUGGUCCAGAAUCCUGAGCCCUACCUGAUCCAAACGAAAGGCAGUGACUCAGCUAUAGAGAUGAAAAAUGCUACACUUUCCUGGACCAAACCAGGCAACGAGGCAGAACCUCCGCCCCCCAGCUCACCCACAAGGUUGGAGGAGCCCAAGGUGGAUGAUACGUCUGAGAAUUUAAAGACUGGAGACUUACCGACCUUGAGGAACAUCUCCUUCACACUGCCUAAGGGCAACCUGCUUGGCGUCUGUGGGAACGUUGGAAGCGGAAAGACGUCUCUGAUUUCCAGCAUUUUGGAACAGAUGCACCUUCACGAGGGAUCCGUCACAGCUGAUGGGACCUUUGCCUAUGUCUCCCAGCAAGCCUGGAUUUUCCACGGGACUGUUCAAGAAAAUAUCCUGCUGGGAGAACCUUUUGACCAGGCCAAGUAUGACAGAGUUUUGGACGCGUGCAGUCUCAGGCCUGACCUGGAUAUCCUGCCAUAUCGGGAUCAAACCGAGAUCGGAGAGCGGGGCCUGAACCUGUCAGGGGGGCAGAAGCAGAGGAUCAGCCUGGCCAGAGCCGUCUAUUCCAACAGGGACAUCUUCCUUCUUGAUGACCCGCUAUCUGCUGUUGACGCCCACGUGGGGAAACACAUUUUUGAAGAAUGCUUGAAGAAGCAGCUCAAAGGGAAAUCGAUCAUUCUGGUAACACACCAGCUCCAGUAUCUGGAGUUCUGUGACGACAUCCUGGUUCUGGAGGACGGGGAGGCCCUGGAGAGUGGGAACCACCUGGCCCUGAUGAAUGCUAACGGACGCUACGCUCAGCUCAUUAACAACUACCGGAUGGAACAGUCUGAGGCAGAGGAGAAAGAGGAGUCACCUCCAGAGCUUGCCCAGUUGAAAGAGGAUGAGUGCAGACAUCGUGCAGACAGUGGGAUAGUGAACCCAGCGUUUGACAUGUCAGAUGAGGGUGACGAAGGACAGACAGCUGACCCAAAGUCUUCUGUGGAGACUGGUGAUCAGCUGGUCAGUCAGGAGUCCUCCACAGAAGGCAGCGUCUCCUGGCGAGUCUACCAGCAGUACUGCAAGGCUGGAGGAUACUUCAUGACUUUCGUCACCCUGCUGAAUUUUUGCCUGUUGAUCGGAUCAUCAGCCUUCAGUAACUGGUGGCUCAGCAACUGGCUGGAACAAGGGGACGGGUCAUCAAAUAGCACAUCUUCAGACCAGGGUGACAUCUCAAAAAACCCAGACCUUCAUUUCUACCAAUUGGUUUAUGGCCUGAUGGUGAUUGUGAUGGUGACAGUUGCCGUCACCAAAUGCAUAGUAUACACUCACAUUACGCUGAAGGCCUCCAGCAAACUCCAUGACAGCAUGUUCAAGAAGAUUGUUUCCAACCCAAUGAGCUUCUUCGACACAACGCCGACAGGCCGCAUUCUCAACCGCUUCUCUAAAGAUCAAGACGAGGUGGACUCUGUGCUCCCCCUCCACAUGGACCCUUUCUUACAGUUUACCCUACUCACCACGUCCACCCUCGUCAUCAUCUCUGCUGUGUUCCCUGUCAUGCUGGUAGUGGUGGCUUUUGUGGGAGCUUUGUUUGCCCUCAUUCUCUUUGUGUUCCAGAGGAGUAUACGUUACAUGAAGAAGAUGGAGAACAUCAGUCGCUCUCCGUGCAUCUCACUUACCACCUCUACCCUGCAGGGCCUCAGCACCAUCCACGCCUACAACAUCAGAGAAAGCCAUAUAAAAUUGUUCAAGGAACUGAAUGAUAUCAACUCCAAUCAGUAUUUACUGUUUCAAUCUGGCACCCGUUGGCUUUCUUUCUGGCUGGACUUCAUGGCUGCUGUCAUGUCCUUGUCUGUGGCGCUGUUUGUAGUGCUCAUCAGUAAUGAGACCAUCAGUCCAUCCAUGAAAGGCCUGGCCUUGUCCUACACCACACAGUUGACAGGAAUGCUACAGUACGUUGUGAGACAGUCAACAGAAGUGGAGGCGAGGUUCAACUCGGUGGAGCGAGUGCAGGAAUACGCCACGGUUGGCACGUCUGAGGCCCCAAGAGACACAAAGGGCACUCAGAUCCCAGAGGGCUGGCCCAAGGGGGGAGCCAUCAAAUUCCAGGACUAUAAGAUGAGGUACAGAGAGAAUACACCUAUUGUCCUGAACGGGCUUAAUUUCGUCAUCCUGGCUGGAGAGAAGCUGGGGAUUGUGGGAAGGACAGGCUCCGGGAAAUCCUCAUUAGGUGUGGCUCUAUUCAGACUAGUGGAACCAGCAUCAGGAACCAUCCUGAUAGACGGAGUGGACAUUACGACCAUUGGUCUGCAGGACCUGCGCAGCAAAUUGUCCAUCAUUCCCCAGGACCCUGUGCUUUUCUCUGGUACAGUCAGGUACAACCUAGACCCCUUUGAUAACUUCACUGAUGAGGAGAUCUGGACAGCGCUGGAGAAGACCUACAUGAAAGACUCGAUCUUGAAGCUGGAGGGGAAGCUACAAGCGCACGUGAUGCAGAAUGGAGAGAACUUCUCUGUAGGCGAAAGACAACUGAUGUGUAUGGCUAGAGCGCUGCUCCGUAAAUCCAAGAUCAUUAUUUUGGAUGAGGCCACAGCCUCCAUCGAUGCAGAGACAGAUGCUCUGAUCCAGAACACAAUCAAAGAGUCCUUCCAUGACUGCACUAUGCUCACCAUCGCACACCGCAUCAACACCGUGGUCAACGCAGAUCGCAUUCUGGUCAUGGAGAAUGGAGAGGUGGCGGAGUUGGACGAUCCAGAUGUCCUGAAGCAAAGACCAGACUCUCUGUUCUCCUCACUCCUGACUGCUGCUAACACCAUGAACACGUGAACCACAGAAGAUCAGCUAUACCCACGAGCCAUUACGUUGUAAUCACCGUCAUGCGAUAACAUUUACAUUGCCGUAUUUAAUCAGUAUUGGUGCAUUGUAAACUUGUGUGUGUUAAGUCCGCUGACACAAAUGCACGUUCCUUCAUAUUUGUUUUUUUGUUUGUUUUUCAUUAUAGUGAUCUGUCAUAUGUAUAUAAAAUUCAAUUAUUUA